AGAAAUGAUACUGCGAAAGGAUUGUUUCGUUCCCGUCGAGGAUGCUCAAUUUAAUAAUGAGGAAGAGCAAUUGUUUUUUGAAAGCAAUGUUUUACAAACCAGCCAACAGAUUGUCCAAACGGCCAUCAAUACGCAAACCCAGAGCACAAACGUGUGGAAAAUCCAACGAACUCGUCGCAUCACUGCCAGCUCUUGUUACGGGCUCUACACCUACCUAAAGAAUAAGAAUCCGGAUUGGUCAAGCAAAAUCACUCGCUACUGGAGCAUAAAGAACAUCAACAGUGCGGCUGUCAAAUACGGCAAAGAAACGGAGGCAACUGCGUUCGAAUGCUACCGUAAAAAGCGAAAUCCGCUCAUGAAAAAAUGUGGAUUAGUCGUAAAAGAAGGUGAAUGUUGGUUCGCAUCCUCGCCAGAUGGGGUAGAUCCUCUAUCUAACACUUUGCUUGAAAUAAAAUGUCCACAAGUAGGCGAACUAGGUAGCUUAGACGAUGUGCUAGUAAACGAGACAGUUCUAAAGUACAUUCAAAUUUGUCCAGUAACAGGAAAACUAUCAUUGAACAGAUUUCAUGCUUAUUACUGUCAAGUACAGCUUAAUAUGUGGACUUUACAGUGUCUAAGCUGUGAUUUCGUAGUAUACGCAUCAAAACCCAAUGACUUUAUUGUAGUAGAAGUGGAUUUUGAUCCCGAUUAUGUUCAUACCAUUGUCAAUAGUUUGAAGAAGCUAUAUAUGUCUACAAUGUUGCCAAAGCUCCUCAAACAAGUUUAAACUAAGUUAAUUGUUGCGUUUUGUGAUUCGUACUUUUUAGGUUCAGGUUACGACUGUUUAAUAAACAUAAUUUUACUUAUUAUAAGUCGUUUUAUAAUGAUUGAGAAAUAUGUAACCGUUUCCAAGAUAAAAACACUUUAAGUAAGAGUGAGUAUGAAGUUAACUUGACCGCAAACACACUAGUCGAUCUUAAAGCUCUCAAAAGUUGGUUUGACACCAAUUGUUGUCAAACUAACGGGUCACGUCUCCUCCAAUCCCGUGCUUCAGGUGCUUGCAAUCUCGGGAAUCCUCGGCAAUCCUAAUCGUGGACUGUUUGUCCUCGAACAUCGGUACGGGAUCGUCUGCUGGCUUGUCAGGAUCGUCCAGCACGCAUAUCAUCCACAGUGUGUGACAUGCCGCCGUGCAGAGAGCCGCGAGCUCCGUCUGCUGCUUCCUCGUCAACCAGCCGACAGUACAUCCGAACUGCUUCACCACGUGCCCGUGAUCGAACGACGAUCGGUAGUGUCGUUUGCCCAGCCCGCGUCGCUGUACACUUCCAGCAGUAGAGGGUUCUCCACGGCCUUGUAUACCAGACCAAUACCAGUGUCCCUUUGAUGUACCGCAGCAUCCGCUUCAGAUGGACCCAGCGUUCAUCCGUCGGACACGACUGGAACUGACUGAAGUGUUAGCAGAGUAAACGAAAAGAUCGACUGCUUAGUAACGGUGUCAAAGGAAAAGUGAGGUUUUAUUCACAACCAAAUCAUAACCUACUAACUAAACUACUGUUCAAUUGCCAUUGUAACACUCCGCCUCAAUUGGACAAUCCAAGCAAUCG